ACACACACACACACACACCCCUCCUCUCGUCGGUGGGUCCGCUGGUGAUCAUGGCGGCGGUGUCGGUGUCGGUUGUGCGCCGGUUCGUGUCUCUGUCGGUUCCGCGGCUCGUCAGGUCUCAGCAGCAGCAGCACCGGACCGCAGUGAGCACCACCUCCGGAGCCAUCAACCCCAAACCCAAGAAAACGGCGUUCGGCCCCCUGCGGAUCCUGAUGGUCGUGGCUCCGUUCCUGUACGUCGGGACCCUGAUCAGUAAGAACUUCGCAGCUCUGCUGGAGGAGCAUGAUAUAUUCGUGCCUGAGGAUGACGAUGAUGAUGACUGAUCGCAGACGCUGCUGAUUCACUCCAUGAACUCAAGCGCUGAGCAUCUGUGUGCUGUCACUCCUUCAUGACGUCUGGAAUCACUUCUGUUCGUCUGUAUGUUACUGUGCAUUCAUGAAGAUUCACGAGGAGUUGAAUUCUUGAUUCUGACUGGUUGACCCGAGUGUAGAUCACUGAUCUAUAAUAAAGAAUAUAAAACCCUA